CUUCAUUUACUUUUCUCAAACAAACACCUCCUCACUGUUUUUACUUUCUUGCAUCAAUCACAUAUGGCUCUACCUGCUACAUCCUAUCAUCUACAUGGACUCAAACUUGCAACAAUAUUCACUGUGCUUUUCAUCUUUUUCUUCUCCAUAUCAGGUGGAUCAGUGAUAUUGGAGAAAAAUGAGACUUUGGAAGGAAGGAAAAUGGUGAUAGGAUCAAGGCCUCCUUCUUGUUUAAACAAGUGCAUGAAUUGUAGGCCUUGUACAGCAACUUUGGUUAUUCCAAAUAAUAAAAAAAGAAAUAAGGGUUUCCAAGUGUUAUCUCGUGGUGAUCAAGAUGAAACCUAUUACCUUCUAACAUGGAGAUGUAUUUGUAGAAAUAAGCUAUAUCAACCCUAAUUUAUUAUUGCCAUCACUAUUUGUUACCAUUAGUUAUUCAUGUAUGAAUCA